AUGAUGGACUGGGACAUUAUCGACAUCUUCAACUUCGACAUGGACGAACGUGAGUUGGACAUCAGCAUCCGGUCCAUUCUGUUCGAGGAUACAAUGCUUCCUUCGAGCCAGGACCAAACGCCAGUACCAUGCGAGUUGGAUCCCGUUCCAUCGAGGCAAUGGUCGUCAUCGUCCUACUGGAAUCCAUCCAAAUGCACGACACCGACGGAGAAGCUCGAGGAGGACUCGGAUCAGGACUCCGGACACGGUAGCGAACUGUCGGAGGUAUCCGCUUCCAGCACUAAGGACAUGGCCAUUGCACGCACACACGGCAGUGACGCGGAAAAUGACAUCCACGAGGACGCGGUGCCACUCACACGGUGUUGUCCACACUGCGACAAACAGCUCCCAAAUCGGGCGGCACUCGAGCGACACCUGCGACUCCACACGGACGAAAGGCCCUUCCGGUGUCCCGUUUGUCCCAAGGCAUUCCGGCUUUCAUCCACGUUAUCUGCACACAAGCGACUUCACGAUCAGACCGGUCCGAGUUUGCGGUGUGAAACGUGCGAUCGGACAUUCACACAACCCAGUGCUCUCUCGAGCCACCGGUUGCUUCAUGAAUCCGUUCGUCCACACGCCUGCAAUCUGUGUGGGAAGCAGUUCGUGAGACUGCAUGCCCUCAGGACACAUGUCCGUGGGCAUGCCAACGAACGACCAUUUCAGUGUGACCAGUGUGGUAAGGCGUUUGCUGAGAAACACGUGCUUGUGCGCCAUCGAAAGACACACAGUGAUGAACGGCCACACGCGUGUCCGGUGUGCGAUAAAACCUUCAAGGAACGGUACGAUCUGCUUCGGCACUCGCUCAUUCACAGUGGAUUGCGACCGCACCAGUGUCCUGAGUGUUCCAAGACCUUCGUUCAAUCGAACGCGUUGGCCAAACACCGGCGGUGUCACGAACGGGAACGUCACGGACGAAACCGAAUUGUCCUGGCGGUGGCCCGGGAACCAACCGUUUGCUGUUGAGGCGAUGGAUUACUGGCAAGGAUGUGGACAGGAUGUGGACAGGAUAAAUACGACUGAGGUGGGCUGCUGAGUAAAUGUUAUCGUUGUGGGGGAGGGUUGAACUGGAUGGUGUGGAGUGACAGAGCAGUGUCAGCAGUAGUGUGCCAAAGAAGAAGAAGAGAAGAAAAAAACGAUACAGAUUGAAGUAACGGAACUUAUAGAAAUAAUGCUUUUGGAAAGUGAUUGUUAGCUUUAUGAUUG